AUGAAAUGAGACUCACUCUCCUCUUUCAUUCAUGCAGUCAGACUCUUGUUAUAUGCAUGGUAUAGAUGGAUACGAAAUGAAAUUCUCUCUCCUCUUUCAUUCAUUCAGACUCUUGUUAUAUGCAUGGAUCGAUCAAAACGAACCUCUUCUUUUUCUCUAUCGUCGUCUCUGCGAACCCUAGCUUUUCACUCUCUCUGUGCUUCGAUCAAAGCUCGCAUUUUUAAACUUUGAGCAUGGCUUCCGGAUCAUCGGGCCGUAACAACUCUGCUUCGAAAGGGUUUGAUUUCGCCACCACCGAUGACAUUGUUUGCUCGUACGAGGACUACGACAAUUAGGAUAAUUAUAAUGGAAGGCACUCCGAUUCCGUGAUCGGAUCCAAUUCUGCUAAGAUCCUUGAGAUUGAAACUCUUUAAUGAUGGCUACUGCAACCGUCUCUUUUGCUGGUCCACGUUAUGCUCCAGAGGACCCCACUCUUCCCAAGCCUUGGAAAGGGCUAGUUGAUGGUAAAACUGGUUAUCUUUACUUCUGGAAUCCGGAGACCAAUGUCACUCAGUAUGAGAAGCCCGCUGCCUCUUCACACACGGGCUCAGCUCCACCACAAAAGCUGUCUGCAGCACCUGUAAGUUCUUCGGUUCAAGUUGAACAAUCUUCUCAUGGACAUUGUGACAGUAUCUUCAACGAUGAUGACGAUAGAUAUAAUGGAGGUAGCAAUAGUGGGUCUAAGCUUGAUACAGGAACUCGGAGUUAUCAGAGUGGGAAAGGUGGAUCAGAUCAUCCUCAAAAUGUUCCUAAUGAGGAGAUAGGCGUUGGACAUGGAGGGUCUUCUGGCAGAGGUUAUGGCUUUUGGCUGUUGGAAAUGGCCCAUCUGUCGAAUCUUGUUGCCGUCAGCAUGAAAUUACUAUUAGUGGUGUUUUUGUUUCAAUUUUCAUCAGGGAGAUAAUGUACCCCCUCCUUUAACAUCAUUUGAAGCUACUGGUUUUCCUUCAGAGCUUCUUCGAGAGGUAUGAAUUUCUUUCUAUGUUUGCGACUCUGUAUUGGCCAGAAGUCUAUGCAAGUUUACUUUGAUAUGUGAUCUUAGUGUUUUCUGUGAAAA